CCGGCGCCGACCCGGAGUGCCCUGUGACUGCGGGGUCGUCUCAGCCUUUACCCGCUUAAAAGCGCGCAUUCUCGGUGCAGCUCCAUUGAACCUAUUUCUUAGGAAGAGGUGAUUUCCUGGGAGGCGCAGAAAUCAUUUUUGAAGAGCUUUGCACCUUCGUGGAAGGAUGGCAGAGGCAGUGUUGGUUGAUUUCUUUGGUUUGCAGUUUAACUCUCAGAAAAAUAGUCAUCAAGCCUUGCUGAAGACACUGGACGCUGUCCGAUUCCACCAUGCUGCCAAGGCUAAGUUUCUUUGCAUAAUGUGUUACAAUAACAUCAGCUGUGAAAGGGAUGGUGCGCAUAAUAACUGUGAAUUAGAAGGAAGCAAUGGAUUAUCAACUCUCUUGAGAGAAUUUGAGACUGUUAGCAAUCCUAGUAUGGCUGCCUCUUUGUAUACUAUUAAGCAAAAAAUUGAUGAAAAAAAUUUGAGCAGCAUUAAGGUAAUUGUAUCCAUGCACCGGAAGACGUUACUGAAGGCUUUUAUUGAUCAACUCUUCACCAGUGUUUACAAUUUUGAAUUUGAAGACUUACAGGUGACUUCGAGGGGAGGUCUUUUGAAACAAUCCACUGAAGUAAGCAUGAUCACAGCUCAAGAAGUAGAAGCAAUCCAGAAUGAAAUACAAACGUAUUUGAGAACUCUGCCAGCACUGAAAGGAGAGUUAACCAUUAUCACAUCUCCGUUGAUCUCAGCAGAUAUUUUUUUACAUGGAUUUACUACAAGAACAGGUGGAAUAUCUUACAUCCCAACUCUUAGUUCAUUCAAUCUCUUCAGUAGUUCCAAACGGAGAGAUCCCAAGGUGGUGGUUCAAGAAAAUCUGCGUAGGUUGGGGAAUGCUGCUGGAUUUAACGUGGAGAAAUUUUACCGAAUAAAGACUGAUCAUGCCAAUGACGUCUGGAUUAUGGGAAGGAAGGAACCUGAAUCUUACGAUGGAAUCACCACAAAUCAGAGAGGAGUCACAAUAGCAGCUCUUGGUGCUGACUGUAUGCCAAUUGUUUUUGCUGAUCCUGUCAAAAAAGCAUGUGGGGUUGCCCAUUCUGGUUGGAAGGGUACUUUGUUAGGUGUUGCAAUGGCUACAGUGAAUGCUAUGGUCACAGAAUAUGGCUGUAGUCUGGAAGACAUCAUUGUUGUACUGGGACCUUCAGUAGGACCUUGCUGUUUUACUUUGCCAAGGGAAUCAGCAAAGGAAUUUCAUAAUCUUGAUCCUGAAUGUGUACGGUUAUUUGAUUCACCAGAUCCCUAUGUUGACAUUCGUAAAGCCACCAGGAUUCUUCUAGAACGAGGAGGAAUUCUACCACAGAAUAUUCAGGACCUGAACCAAGAUCUUAACCUCUGUACAUCUUGCCAUCCUGACAAGUUUUUCUCCCAUGUCCGAGAUGGCCUUAAUUUUGGUACACAGAUUGGCUUCAUAUCAAUUAGAGAAUGAGAUACUUGACUGGAUUUUUAUACAACUGUUUCCUGCCUCCUUCUAAACUGACAAGAAAGAAAUUAGCUAUAUGAUUUACUUAAAACUGAAAGGAUUGCAAUGGAUAAUUCAUCUUUAGGUAUAUUUUCACUAUUAUCCAAAGCCAAAUGACUUUUAUUUGAUUCUAGCAAAACCUAAAUGAGGAUUAUUCUUAAAGUUUGUUCUGUUUACUACAUAAAUCAGGAAUAGGUCUGUUCAGUACCUACUGGGUACCCACUAUGUGUCAGGCACUGUGUGAAACAUAAGUGAAUCAAAAUGCAAAAGACCUUUUCCCCUUGAGUCUAAUGCAGUGGAGGAGAUAAAUACUUAUAAUGCUUUAAUUUUGAUAGAAGUGGAAGAGUACAGAAGAAUGAAGGGUUAAUUGUAUUUGGAAGGCAGGGUAGGGAAAGUGCUGUAGAGAAAGUGAUAGAUCACUGAGCCCAAAAGAUAUACAGGCUUUUGACAAAUGAAGAACAACCGUAACAGGUAGAGGGAACAACACCAUGAACUAGAGCAUGAAAUUUAAAGUGUGUAACAUGUUCUAGAGAGAGAAGGGUGUAAGCAGAAGUUACUAGAAAAACAGGUUGGAAAGAGAUUAGUUAGUCUCAAAUGCCAUGUCAAAGAGUUUAGAGUUGAUUUUCCAGGCAAAGGGUAGGCAUAAAACGUAGGGGAGUGUUUUUAUUUCCUUAGCGUCAUAUGUAACAGGAUGGAUUUGAAUUGUGAGAGACCAAAGCAGAGACUUCUUUAAGAGGCAAAAUACUUUAAAAAAGAAAAAAUGAGGCCUAAAUGAAGAAAGUCGAAAUUAAGAUGGAAGAGAGUGGAUGGAGAGAUAUUUCAGACUUGUAAUCAGUUAGAUCCUCUUAAUAGAUAAUGAAGAUGACGGGUGAAGAAGAGUGGAGAAGUCACUGAUGACCCGAAGAUUUCUGCUUGCUUGGCUACUAAGAACAGCAACAAGGGGAAGAAAGAUGUUUGGGAAAAGGGAGAAGGAUAAUGAGUUUGACAUGCAGACUAAAGUAUAUAUCAAGAAGGAAGUAUUUGGUCAAUGACUAGAAAUACAGACCUGGCAUCUUGGUGGGAACUGGGAGAAAGAGAUUUAGAAGUUGGCUAUAUGGAGAUGAGCCCUGAUUCCAUUGUAACAAGCUGAAUCAUCUAGACAAACCUACAGGGUGAGAAAGAGGUUCAAGGGUGAAACCUUGUAUGAUACCUGCGUUUGAAAAAUGAGCUGAAUCAGUAAACACACACACAUACAUACAACAGGGUGAAUCAUUAGAAAUAAGGGAAAAAACAGAAUAUACUUAAUUUGAAGAAAUGAGCCAAUAUGGAUGUGAGAGAUACUCAGAAUUUCCAGAGAUACAAGGUACAAGAAAUUUUCUGAGAUAAAAUAAAAUGAAUACUGAGAAGAAACCAGUGAAUUAACCAUAUCAAAACUGUUCUAUAGGCAAUGGUGGCAGAGUCUGAUUUCAGUGCAUUGAGGAGGAGGAGGAUGCAUAAGUGUCCAUUCAUCUUUGAUAAUACUUACUAGAGAAAAUAAAGCACUGGGGGCUCUAAAAGGAGGGUUUUGUUUUGUUUUUCAUUGGUGCUUCUAAGUAAAUUUGUAGGCUGAAGAGAGGAGUCAAGUUAUUUUCACUUGGGAGAAAAUGGUAUAUGUGACGUGUAUUUUUAAUGUAAUUACAUUGCAUCUUAAAACAUCUUAUACAUAUAUUUCUUACAUGAACAUGUAGUAGAAUAGUGGAAAAUUACAUUUGAUGGUUAUUUACAAAGGACUUUUAUAUACAUUACCUCAUUUUACCUUUUAGCCACUCUGAAAUACAUGGGGUAUGAAAUACAUAGGUCAGUCAAAAGAGUUGUUACUCUUUAUUCAGAUGAGAAAACAGUCUGAUUGAGGUAGAGCUUAAAAUCAUACAAUUUGUGGUAAGGUAAGAUUUGAACCUGUAUCUUGUGACCUAAAAUCUCAUUUCAGAUUUUGUAGUUAAUUAAAGCUAUCUAAGUUAAA